AUGUCGAGUAACAUGGGAACUGUUGUUCUCUUCUUCAACCUGUAUUCUUUUUGGUUACUAAUAACUUCUUCUCAGCUGUGUUUAGCAGGAGAUACUUUGAACGCUGGCCAGAAGAUGACGGGCAGUGAGACCAUUGUUUCAUCUGAAAGGAUAUUUGAUCUGGGUUUUUUUACUCCUAGCAGCUCUGGUGGUUCACAAAGCUAUUUAGGCAUAUGGUAUCACAAGCAAGAGGGGUCAGAACAAUCUCAAAAACAAAUAGUUGUGUGGGUUGCCAACAGAGACAACCCUGUAGCUGUUGGUUCAAUUGGUGUUUUCCGAAUAGCUGAGGAUGGGAAUCUUGUAGUUGAAGACACAUCCCCUAAUAAAACAAGGUACUGGUCAUCCAAAUCCAAAUCUAAAGUCAAAGUCUCUUCUAAUUCUUCACCAAAAAACAGGACAGUGAAACUCAUGGAUUCUGGUAACCUUGUGUUAUAUGAUGAUGAUGAACACAAGGAAGUGAAAGUCUGGGAGAGCUUUGAAAAUCCAACUGACACGUUCCUACUUGGGAUGAAGAUGGAUGGGAAUAUGAAACUGACCAGUUGGAGAAGUGACGAUGACCCAACAAGUGGAGAUUUCUCUUUUAAGAUGGAACAAAAUGGGGUCAACCGUUUUAUCAUCACAAACAGAGACCAAAUUUAUUGGGAGAGCGAAGAGUACGAAACAAUGAAUUUCAAAGUAAAUAAUGAUCAAUCAGAUGACAUCAGCACAGAGGUUUACUACUUGUUGACAAACUUCAGCGUGCUUAGACUGAACAAAGCAUUUCCUAUGAAACAAUACGGCAAUUCAAGGUUGUUCCUCAAUUCAAAAGGUAUGAUUCAGUGGGCGGAAGUCGAUUUGUUCGAAAAUCAACCAUUGGUUAAAUGGAUGCAGCCAAAAACCAACUGUUUGAGAUAUAAUUUUUGUGGAAACUUUUAUAGCUGCAAAGACGAUGAUCAUGAUUACCCAUGCCAAUGUUUACCUGGAUUCUACAUGUAUAACCUUGGAGAUGGAAAUUCUUCUGCACGUGACAAGGUAGUUUGUAGGAGGAGAAAAUCAGCACCUUGUAUUGGAAAUGACACGGCCUUCUUGAACUUGACUAUGAUUAAAACAGGAAGGCCGGAUAUAAAAAAAAUGGUAGAAUCUGAAAACGAUUGCAGAUCUAUGUGCAUUACGAUGUGUCCACUGUGUCAAGCUUACUCGUAUGCUCCACCCCCCACUGAUCAGCGUGUUGUCAAUCUUAUAGACUGUUGGAUAUGGACUCACACUUUAACUACUAUGAAAGAAGACUAUACUAAUUGGGAUCCUAAUCGGAGACUCAUUGUCCUAGUUGAUAAAUCAGACUUAGCACCAACUCCAAGAACUUGUGAGCCUUGUGGUACAAACGUAGUCCCUUAUCCUCUCAGCACCGGAUCCAACUGUGGAGACCCCAAAUACUUCAAUUUUAGAUGCAACACCUCCAUGGGUCAACUUAGCUUCACAACCGACGACAACGUUAAUUACAGAGUUAUUCGUGUAGACUCUGAUUUAACACAAUUUACCAUUCUUAAUCAGAAUAGUUCACUUGAGCCAUAUAAUCACAAAGGACUAAAAUGCACGGGAAAUCUGAAUGUUUCUUCACCAUUUUUCUUGUCUGAUGACACACUGUGCUCUCGACAGGAGGAAGUUAAUUGGGAACCACCUUCCAAAGAACCCAUAUGUAAUAACUCUACUGAUUGCCAAGGGUUGAAACAUUCUACCUGUACCAGAAACAUAUGCCUUUGUAAUGCAAACUAUCAAUGGAGUGGCGAGUUUUUAAAUUGUACAGACAGCAUUAGAUCGUCUCCUAUUGCAACAAAAACGUCUGCAGGAGGCAACUCUAAAAGCUCAUUCUAUUUGAUUCUUGGCUUAGUUCUUGCAGGUGUGGUUACUCUUGCAUGCCUCAUUAUAUUUGCUUAUGCAUGCAGACGAAGAAUAUCUCAUAUGAUUAAGAAAGAUAAUGAAAGCGUUCAAAGAAAUACCAGAGGCCGAUUUUACGAUAGUGAAAGACAUGUGAAAGACUUGAUAGACAUGGAGGGAUUGGAAGAGAAUGAUAAUGAAGGAAUUGAAGUUCCCUAUUUUGAUUUUGAGAGCAUACUAAUAGCCACAGAUGAGUUUUCAGAUGCAAAUAAACUUGGAAAAGGUGGCUUUGGGCCAGUUUAUAAGGGUAACCUUGGUGGUCAAGAAAUUGCAGUAAAGAGACUUUCAACUGUUUCAUCACAAGGCUUGCAAGAAUUCAAGAACGAAGUUGUUUUGAUUGCCAAACUUCAACAUCGAAACCUUGUUAAAUUACGUGGCUAUUGCGUAAAAGGAGAAGAAAAAAUUCUACUUUAUGAAUAUUUGCCUAACAAGAGUUUGGACUUAUUGAUAUUCGAUUCGACAAAAAGCAUAGUUUUAGAUUGGCAAAGGAGAUUUGACAUAAUUCUCGGAAUUGCUCGUGGAUUGCUCUAUCUUCAUCAAGAUUCAAGACUUAGAGUUAUUCAUCGAGAUUUAAAAACUAGUAACAUUCUUCUAGAUGAAGAGAUGCAACCAAAAAUCUCAGAUUUUGGACUAGCAAGAAUAUUUGGAGGCAAAGAGUCUGAAGCAAGCACAGAGAGAGUUGUUGGUACAUAUGGAUAUAUGUCUCCUGAAUAUGCGUUGGAUGGAUAUUUUUCAACAAAGUCAGAUGUUUUUAGUUUUGGUGUUGUCUUGCUUGAAAUAAUCAGUGGUAAAAGGAACACUGGAUUCUAUGGUUCUAAAGAAAUUUCAAGUCUUCUUGGUUAUGCUUGGAGACUAUGGAGAGAGGACAAAUUGCUAGAUUUAAUGGACCCAUCUCUACAUGAUACUUAUAAUCAAAAUCAAUUUAUUAGAUGUUCACAAAUUGGACUCUUAUGUGUACAAGAUGAACCAGAUGACCGUCCACACAUGUCAAAUGUGGUUACCAUGCUAGACAAUGUAACUACAAUUCUUUCGAUUCCUAAACAACCAACCUUUUUUACACGUAAAGACCUAUCUAGCACAGCAUCUACAAGUCUACAGGAUGAUGCUACCAUUCAAGAAGGUCGAUAG